UCGGUUCCUCUUCGUUCUUCUUCGUUCUUCCUGGUUCCCCGCUUCAAAGUGUCCCGGCACUUCGCUCAACAAGUCCAAAGUUGUCCGGACGCGGUAGCGGGAUGGACGCGGUGACGGGGAGCCCUUCUCCGAGAAGAACCCCGGCGCCUCGCCUGAAAAUGUGACGAGCGAGACGCCAGCUUGAUUUUGUUUUCUCUUCCACGAGCGCUUGUAAGCGGCUGCGGGCUAACUGUUAGCCACCUAGCGCGCUAGCUGUUAGACACCGAGCGCCCGGUAGCUGCCGGACACUUUGGCCGUGUGAACGUCUUCGACCGCUGGGCGGCGGAACGGAGCGUCGAGCAUGGAGAACAAGGACAAAGUUCAGAUGCGGAACCAUCCUCGCAGGCAUAUGAAGAAGCUGAGCGAGGACAGCCUGACCAAGCAGCCCGAGGAAGUGUUCGACGUGCUGGAGAAGUUGGGUGAAGGGUCGUACGGCUGCGUGUUCAAGGCUCACUACCGAGAGACGGGCGAGAUCGUGGCCAUCAAGCAGGUUCCCGUCGAGUCGGACCUGCAGGAGAUCAUCAAGGAGAUCUCCAUCAUGCAGCAGUGCAACAGUCCACAUGUGGUGCGUUACUACGGCAGCUACUUCAAGAACAGCGACCUGUGGAUUGUCAUGGAAUACUGCGGCGCGGGGUCCGUGUCCGACAUCAUACGCAUCCGCAGCAAGACGCUGACUGAGGAGGAGAUAGCCAGCAUCCUUCAGUCGACGCUGAAGGGUCUGGAGUAUCUUCACUUCAUGAGGAAAAUCCACCGGGACAUCAAGGCGGGCAACAUCCUGCUCAACACGGAGGGUCAGGCCAAGCUGGCCGACUUCGGCGUCGCCGGUCAGCUGACGGACACCAUGGCCAAGAGGAACACGGUGAUCGGGACGCCCUUCUGGAUGGCGCCCGAGGUGAUCCAGGAGAUCGGCUACAACUGCGUUGCGGACAUCUGGUCGCUGGGCAUCACCGCCGUCGAGAUGGGCGAGGGGAAGCCGCCCUAUGCCGACAUCCACCCCAUGAGGGCCAUCUUCAUGAUCCCCACCAACCCUCCGCCGACGUUCCGCAACCCGGACGUGUGGUCGCCGCACUUCCGGGACUUUGUGAGCCAAUGCCUGGUGAAGAACCCGGAGAACAGGGCCACCGCCACGCAACUGCUGCAGCACGCUUUCAUCAAGGCGGCCAAGCCCAGCAGCAUCCUGAGAGCGCUCAUCAGCGACGCCAUGGACAUUAAAGCUAAGCGGCGAGAGGCGGCGGCGGCGCACGCAGAGCACGACGACGACAAUGACGACGACAAUUCCGAAGAGGACGAGGUGGACCAGGGGACCAUGGUGAGAGCGGCGCCGGGCGACUCUGCCACCGUGCGGGCCGCCGGCACCGUGGGCCGACGAGACGGCGACGAGGAGGCGGGGACCUUGCGCUCGCAGCUGGGAACCAUGGUCAUCAACUCGGACGACGACGACGCGGGCACCAUGAAAAGGACGGACGAGAGCUCGCCGCCAUCCAAACCGUCGUUCCUGGAAUACUUCGAGCAGAAGGAGAAGGAGGCCGGCAGUCAAAAUGGAGGAGGAGAGGAGCGCAAAGUGCUGGCUGAAGGAGAUCUGGAGCUGACAGCAAUCGACGCCGAUACGAUUGAGUCCGACGGUGACGUAACAGGAUGGAUGCCGAUUUUUGCAGGUCAGUUCGUGGUCGGUGGAAGAUCUGCGCGUGCGUCUGGCCGCGCUGGACCCGCAGAUGGAACAAGAAAUGGAGGAAAUCCGACAGCGCUACCAAGCCAAGAGGAAACCCAUCCUGGACGCCAUCGAGGCCAAGAAGAGACGACAGCGCAACUUGUGAAGAGAGGCGCUCCCCGCCGACUCCACCGGCGCCCACGUGACGUGCGGGGCCGCAAACUUUUUCAACGUUUGAGCGUCCUCUCGUCGGAGCUCAUCUGCUCGCCGGCCAUCUCGAAAAUGGAAGCGGCGCUCGGCCGACGCCGGCCGUGUUGCCUGAAUGUAGCGUCACGGCACUACUUUCCUUUUCCUGCCGUCGACGUUCACUCGCUUGCGUCGUGACUUCGGGAAGCUCCUCCGGGCCAAAACGCCAGCAAAAGCUCGACGGACGUUUGGACACGUUUUGCGAGAUGCGCCGCCAGAGCGCGCGCCACUUCCUGUUAGCGUUCCACUCUCACGUUUGUUUGCCGUCGACUUUUUUUUUUUUUUCUGGCGGAAAAAGGGAAAUAAUGUGAGUCGAAAGCACUGGAGGCGAAAAUGCCGGAAUGUUUUUUUUUCUACACGAGCUGUUGUCUUAGCGUAAGCUGCAAAUUUAAAACUUCAAACGGAAACUCGAACAAGGCGCGCGCUCAUCGCCGUCUCAUUUUGUUUUGUGACGGAAAAAGAAAAAACUGUCAACUGGAAUCUUGUUGGAUGUUUGCGAAGUUUCUGCGUGAAUGGCAAAGAUGUCCUCGCUUGGGUUAGGGAGGUGUGGCGAACUCCCACCGAUUUCACCACCUUUAGCCGUCGUGCGAGAGAGAGAGAGACAAAGCUUGCUGGCUCAUCGGUUGACUAGUGCUUGACUGAUUAGUCCGUUUUUGGUUAGGCCUGGUGGGUUAUUUAGUUGAUUGGUUGGUCGAUUAGACAGUUGGUUGGUUCAUUGGUUGGCUUAUUAUUAUUAUUAUUAUUAGUAGUAGUAGUAGUAGUAGGAGUAGGAGUAUAGUAAUUGACUAAUGAACUAACCAACCAGUCAGCGAGUAUAUUGAUCAAAUCUGUCGGUCGGCAAGGAUUAAUCAACUAGUUGGUUGGCUCUUUGAUGAGUCAAUUGAUUAAUGGGUUGGUUUUUGAUCAGUUGAUUGCUUGCUUGGUUGGUUGACUGAAUGGUUGAUCUGUUGAUUGGCCGGUUGUUGGGUUAGGGUUACUUACUCAAUUGGUUGCUUCGUUAACCUAUUGAUUGGUUGGCUGUUUGCAAGGUAGGUUUAUUGGUAGGCUAAUUGGCUAAUGAAUUAACCAACCAAUUUGAUUCAUAGAUUGGCUGGCUGCUACACUGGUUAGCGCGUCAGUCAACUGUUUCACUCAAUUAACCGACCAAUCGAUUGGCUAUUCAACUCACAAACAACCAGUUGAGUAAACAACUACUCAAUUGGCUAAAUAAGCAACCAAUCAAGUGACUAAUGAACUACUCGCGCAAUGAAUUGCCAAAGCGAGCACGUAAUGAAGUAAAUAAGCAAGCGAUGCACCGAGCGAGCGAGCGGAAACCUUUCGAACGACAUCGGAAACGUCUUCGACUACAAUGUGAGGACACUUUGGAAAAUGCAACUUUGGCCGGUUGCCACGGCGACCCGCGUGAUGGAGAACGUACACCGAAACGAAGCCGCCAAAUAUUCCUUUUGAUCUUUUUCCAUUCCCAUUGAUGAACGCUUUGUUUCGAGUGCUUACGGGUCUUUUCAUUUUUAUUUGAACUUGUCCAGAUGCUGUCUGUCUGAUGUUUGCUGUAUUUAAGUUGUCAACACAAUAAAGACAAAAAAGUGC